GCCCGGUCAGCCCACUGAGAGAAAACACCACCUAGAAACGAAGCGAGCCCUCACGAUUCAUGGAAAUAUGUAGUUAGCUCGCACUAUUCAGCGUAUUUCGACAACAGGGGGUUUGGUGGAGCUGUUUCAUGGAAAGUUACCAUGGGUGGCCAUGAUGAUGAAGAUAUGUCAUAUGUUGUGAACAAACAAAAACAAGAUGAAGAGCUAAAGAACAAGCUCAACGAUAGCAGCCACUGGUGCGACCAGGAGUCCACUGGCAAUAAUGCCAAGUGGGUCAAAGAAGGCCAAAACCAGCUGCGGAAAGUAGCCGAGAACCAGCAGGACCAGGAUCACAACUGCAAUAUCAACCAGAAUGGGAACAAGGAAGACUUCCCUCAUCAGACCAUCACUCAGGAAGAACAACGGGGAAAGGAGGAGCAGACCAAGUCUCCCAAAAUUGCAAUGACCCCUGGUCUCAGUCAGGAGGAGUCCAAGAAUAUCCUUAAUGAGCCGCUACUCAUCGACACUCUGGAGUCUAACGUUACAGAAGAGAAAGAUAAAGAGAGAGAAGAGGAUGGCAGAGAGAAGGAAAAGAAAUCGGCGGAAGACGAAGAGACUUCGGGUGAUACCAGAGGAGUGGCAGAGGAACAGAGUAAUGUGGAGUCUCAGAGGGAGGGCAGUGUUGUGGGGAGAAAUGCCUGCCUUCUGUUCUCCAACAUGAACGGGACACCGAAUGAUGAAGAGUCCAGCUGGUCUGCACUGUCUCAGGACAACACAGCCGACAGCUCUCCAAAUGGCAACAGAGAGUCCUUUUGGGACUCCAGUGCUUUUGAGACAGACACAGACUUGCCUUCGGGAUGGAUGAGGGUGCGAGAUACAUCAGGUACAUACUACUGGCACAUCCCCACAGGCACUACCCAGUGGGAGCCUCCAUCACCCCUGGGUAAAGUUGCUGACUCCAUGAUGUCUUCGACUAUGUCCCUGGAGACUACACCGUGUGAGGAGCCUGAGGAAUCCUGGGCCCAGCUUUCCAGCGCAGAAGAAGGAGCUGGUGAAGGAGAGCUAUGGAGGGAGGAGGCAGAGGUUGCAUCUGAUCAAAGUCUGAAGGAGUUUGAAGGGGCAACUCUACGCUAUGCAUCCAUCAACCUAAAUUACAAUUGCGCCCAGUCUGAGAAAGAAGAGACGCUCACGCCACUCUGCACAGAUUUAGAAACUAAGUGUUUUGCAGUGCGUUCCCUGGGCUGGGUAGAGAUGUCUGAGGAGGACAUGGCACCCGGCAAGAGCAGUGUUGCUGUCAACAACUGCAUCAGGCAGCUGUCUUACCACAAACACAAUCUUCAUGACACAGCUGGUAUCUGGGGAGAGGGUAAGGACAUGCUGAUGGUCCUGGAGAAUGACACUAUGAACUUGAUUGACCCACUGGGCCAGACUCUGCUUCAUGCUCAGCCCAUUGGAAGCAUCCGUGUUUGGGGCGUUGGCAGAGACAACGGCAGGGAAAGGGAUUUUGCUUAUGUGGCUCGAGACAACCUGACCCAAGUUCUAAAGUGUCAUGUUUUCCGCUGUGACUCACCUGCCAAAAACAUAGCCACCAGUUUACAUGAGAUGUGUUCAAAGAUAAUGAUGGAGAGAAAGGCGACCAAGCCGGGUCUGAGCAGGCUCAACUCUGACCCGAGUAAGCCUGUGGUCAUCCCUAUUGAAGAGUUUCCUGCUCCAAAAAAUGAACUCUUCCAGCACUUCCACGUUUAUUACCUUGGUUGUGAGGCUGUGGCGAAGCCAGUUGGUAUGGAUAUAAUCAAUGAAGCGCUAGAGACAGCAGUGCACAGCAAAGAUAAAAGCGAAUGGACUCCUGUCUCUGUGAAUGUGGCACCAGCCACCCUCACAAUACUUUCCAAACAGAAUGAGGAGGUUCUGUCAGAAUGCAGGGUGCGCUUCCUGUCUUUCAUGGGUGUGGGAAAGGACGUCCACACCUUUGCUUUCAUCAUGGCGGAGGGUCCCAGAGAUUUCACGUGUCACAUGUUUUGGUGCGAACCCAACGCUGCCAGCCUGAGCGAGGCCGUACAGGCUGCCUGCAUGCUUCGCUACCAGAAAUGUUUGGAUGCACGUCCGCCCAGCCUAGCCUCCUGCCUGCCCACUCCUCCUGCUGACUCUGUGGCUCGACGGGUCAAGAAGGGGGUCCAGAGUCUGCUGGGCAGCUUUAAGAGCUACAGGUCAGGCUCUCAGUCCCCUUGAGUUGGAGUGAAGAUGAUCCACAGUCCAUUAAACACAAGGUCCAUCACUCAAGCCCCUUCUCAACCUCACUUCUCCACCUCCUCCACCCAUCCUUCUGAACGCAGUUUCGCCUUACGACUGUUUCACUUGUCUAGUCACUAGUCUAGUGUGUGGAGUAGUAAGUGGGGAAAACGUGCGUCUGAAAAGAUUGCAUUUCUUCCUUUUUUGGCUCUUACUUUACACAACAAUCUAAAACUCAUCUUCAAGCAGAUGAACCCCUGGCACCUAUAUUUUCUUUGCUGGGAUUCUUUCUGUGAGUCUUAACUAUUUUUGUGUUUUAACAGAAAAAAUGCUAUGAAUGUUGGAUAUGUAUGUAAUAUAUUUUACAUGCAGAUGCUAGAAAUUGCUUGAAAAAGAGGUUGCUAGAUUUCUCACAGAAAUGGUCUCGUUCCCCUUUCCUCCUCGGUGCAAUUAUCAUCUCUAACACUCCUCUUUUUCUACUUUAAAUGAAGGUACUGUAACACAGUUGUUGUCAGUUGCUGUCAAGUAUCCUGAUAUUGAUUUUCUAAAACAUCAUUGCACCUCUCUCUCCGCCACCUUAGGUUGUAACACAAGCGCUGUAGGCGUCUCAGUAGUGUGCCACGUAGUUGUAUGUCCCCGACCCUGCCGAACAAUGUAUUUUAGUCUUCCAAAGAACUGUAUGGUCAUCUGUCACAUAGUGAGCAACCACCGAUUUGAGUGUAGUGUGUUUCUCAUACAUUCUGCAUGAACAUUUGCAAGUUCAGUGCUCGUGUGCAAUAAUCAGAUGUUCCUGUAUGGUGUGGUGAUAAAGAUGGCUGCCAUGUGAUUAUACGUUCACUUUAAUGAGAGAGUCUGGCUAGAUUGAGUGCGAGGCUAACGGAACAACAGAGCCAUGUUGAAAAUCAUUAUCGUGCGAUAUAAAUAAUAGUAAUAAAAAAUACAAACUCUGGGUUUUCACACAGCCGUUUACCACCAACAACUACUGAAAAGUACUGUAGAAACUCGCCACAAGCUGCAUGCUUUGAUAGCUUAGAGUUCUUGCUGCUCGCAGCAGUUUAGUGCUUAAGACCCAUCAAUGUAUCCUGUAAAUUCUUUCUGUGUUUCUGUAUGGUAAGAGGAGGCUGGAGUCGAUGUGUUGUUUCGUGUUUCAUAGGCAUGUCACUCUAGUUAGUGUCAGUGUGUUUAUCAUAAGCUAGCAGUAGAAAGUUAGACUUCCUGUCAGUUCCUUCAGACUAAGAUGAGAGCAGAUCAGUGUUUGUAUUUACAGUUUGUGUAUAAGGGAAACCUAGAGAUAACGUCUCCAGUGGUUUACAUUUUUAUUUUUUCCUCUGCCACAUUUCGACGUGUGUGGGCCCCGGCCACUCCAGUUAAUGUAUUUUUUUGUAUUGUGUCCACACACUACAAUGUACACAAUUUAAGAUGGUUUUCACAUUAGCGCGUUAGAUUUACUUUUUAUAAAGAACACACUACUUAGCCAAGUUGUAUUUUAUCUUUAUGUGUCUGUCAGUGAUCAAUACUGUAUGUAGCACAAUAGAAAUAGUCAUCUCAAAGAUGCAGUUUGUAAGAUUUGUUUGACCUCUGCAGGGCAUUUGUUUGGCCACGUUGUCCGAGACACUGGUAGUGACUCACUAGAUAUCCUCAGGCUUAACGGUUCAACUACUUUACAAUUAAAAUAAGUCUAUAAAUGAAGACAAACCCACACCAGAAUGUGUCAAAUUAAAGAUUAAUUUAGAGCAAAUCUAUCACUCAAUUAAAUUACAACAAAAUAUUGUGAAAAGGAAUGUGUAGACGUGCAUAACAAAUCCAACUUAUAUUGUAUUUAAUAGAACAAAACAUCUAUGAAACAGUGAUUGACUAUAUCAUGCUGAUUUAAGAUUAAGUGAGACUGUUAAAUAUCUAACUGGUGCAUAAUGAUACAUCUCUGGUCUAAAUCUCAUUUACCUGUCAUCAGCAUUGAAUUGUUUACUUUUUUUUAACUUUCUAGAUGUUUUGUUUUACAAAAAACAAUCAUCUUUGAUUUUUUUCUGUAUCGCAGACAGCUGAAAUCAGAGGUGUCCUCAAAAGAGUGAUAAAAGAAUUUUGGUACUUUAAGGAUAUAUAGCCACAAAGUACAUAAUCCAUGUUUGAGACAUGGAUUUGAACUGAACCCUGUGUGAGUAUAGAGAGGUGCGACACUGGUUUUUCAGACAGAUUUGAAGCCGUUCUGUUGUGUGACCUCGUCGAUCGACCCUGUCGCCCAGUUUUAAAAGCAUAGUGGUGCUUCGUGAUGACCGGCUUUUCAUAGAUUCAUAGAUUCCUAUCAAUGUUUUUAACAUUUUAGAAGUUAUCAAACACUAAAACUCUUACCAACUGCUUCUUUAUAUGUGUAUGAUAUAACACUAAUGAAAAUUAGACUACGUUGACUCAUAUUACUGCCUUGUCACUCAUGUGUCACUUGGAACUAUUUUGCUUUUUCUCCUUCAACGUUUGCUGUGUCCAGUCAGUGGCAACACUAAAGCCAGAUGAGUUAAAGAACAUUAGCAGAUUAAUUUAUUUCUGUUCAUGUAAAUUAGGUGUAUAAAAUGUAUGUAUAUAAAAGUCACUGCACAAUAAAUGUGAACAUAUCA